AAUUCAUCUCAUCUUCUCGUUCUGAAGGCCAAUUGGCAACUGCACAUCACCUUCACAGUUGUCACCAAUAGGACGCGGGCCCAACUAACAUAUCAAGUCCCCAAUGGAAUUGGUACCAGUCACAAUCAAUUGCAACCCUCAUCUGACCUUACUCAGGCCUCUUCUCCCAAGCCCGUAAUCUCCUUCUCGCCACCUCCAUCCACUGUUACUUUUGCCAACUCCACUUGCCACUCUGGUCCUGCUGCAACUAUAUGGUACCCUCCUGAUCUAGUGGAAACAGACUGUCUCCAUUUUUCCUUGCCUCUUCGUCUCCUUCCCUCUGAACCGACCAGUGUUCUCGAUUCAUUAACUUCUUCAGUUAGUUCGGCAGUCGGCAUUGAAGGCAUGGCUCUAACUGCAGUCAGCCUGGAUACAGUAGUCCAGCAGCUGGAGUAA